UAAACAAUUCCCUUUGAUGCUGUUUGGCUUGUAAACAAACAACGUUUUUCAAGAACUAUAAAAAAUUAAAAUUCAUUUAUUUACAAUUUUCUUCAAAAAUGUUAUUCGACGAAAGAUUAGUUGAGCUUGUCGAGAAGAAUGAUAUACUAUACAAUAGAAACAAUAAAUGUUACUUGAGUAUUUCAUUAAAGAAAAAGGUAUGGGAGAAUAUUGCCAAACAAAUGCGGGCGUCAGAGGAGGACGUGGUAAAACGCUAUCGUGAGCUGCGGGAUCGCUAUGUACGCUCCAAACGCCUGGAGAUGUUAAGUGGUGAAAAACAGCCCGUUGCUCCCAUUGUUCAGCGCUUGAACUUUCUGGCGCCACACAUAUUUAAUAAAAAAAGUAACGCAAAAGUGACAUGGAAGGGAGAUGUCCCAGUUACAACACCUGCACUACAAAGAUCACAAGAAACCUCAAAAUUGCCAAUGUGUGAAGAAACAUCAAAUAGUUUAUUUGACACAUCCUGUGCUUCAUCAAAUUCCGGUAUAUUUAAAAAGAACCCCAAUAGAAGUAAUAUAAAGCAGGAACCACAUUGGAAUGAUUUAGAUGAGCUGACACAAAGUGACUGUGAAAGUGAUAAUGAUAUUUCAAACAAUACUGAAUCCGAUGAUGAAGCGUUUCAUCAGGCAGUAAAUACAUUUAAGGACCUUUGUAAAACCCAAGAAAAAUUAAACGAUACGAAUUGUGCUAUUGACGGUUUCAUCCACAUGAUAAUGUCCAUCAUUGAGAAUAUGAGUCCGGCGAAACGCACCAAGGCUAUGUUAAAAGUCAUAGAAAUUUUAAUGAAAAUAAAACAGGAAAAUGAUUGAAAUAAGAGCAACUCUAGCAAGGAGCGAAAAAAAUCACGGAAUAAUAGUUUGGAGAACUAGAACA